UAGUUGCUGUUCUUCCGGAAUUUACACUAGAAGAAGAAUAGUGUCCUGUCGUGUCUUUGAGGUCCAGGGUUUGUUUGUAUCUUCAGUGUUUUCCCCUGUGUUCUUCUGUCCGUCUGUGUCCGGUGUUCAUUAAAAACCUUGAAUGAAAGCUCUUCCUUGUGGGAAUUCACAAAACCAGACAUGUUUCAUAGAAGAAUACCCUUCACACAGCUGGCCUUCGCCACGCUGCUUGGAGUUGCUGGUGGUGUUUACAUCUACAGACCUUACUUUGAGCUGAAGCCCUCAGGACAGAAGAACCAGGAUGUGCCAAAGAAACACAAUGAAACAGACUGAAAUAACUUAUCACUCCAAGGAAAUGCUUCACAGGAAGAACAACAAAAUACUGCUGGACUGUCGGAGCAGGAUUCCUUAAGAACAAUCCCCAUAUAGACUGAUUCAGGCUUCUUUGGGGUUCCUUGUAUGAUUGUUAAUAUUCACAAUAAAAUAUGUAAUGAUUUUA